CAGAAAAUUCCAUCGAGCAUUUCGCAGUUCAACCUGUUGCUUUUAAUAUCCACCAUUCAAUGUACACUCCCACACCAACAUGCACUGAAAAGUCAUGGCAACAAUCGACCCCAAACAAAACAUUUUCCUCCCACGGUGCUGACCGGAGAGCCAAAAAUCUCAUUAACAUUCGGUCAAGCGCGAAAAAGGCAAGCGAAUAAAAAACGUAGAAGACGCCGUCCGAAUUGACCAGCGCCGAAAUGACCAGCCCCACCUCCAACUCUGACCUGUACGUGUACUGCAACGGGCGCACAUCGUCCUCCUCUUCGUCGAAGGAUCCCCAAACAGCGAUGGCAUCCGGCGGCCGGCCGUCGGCGGUCGUCACCAACCGAAACAUGAACUGGCUCAUCCACGGGCUGUACACGAGGAAGGAUUACGCGCUGUGCAGGAAGCUAAUCGACCGGCAGCUGACGAUAAACUACGACAAAGAGUAUCUGUACUACACCAAGGGUAUGAUUCUGCGUGACGAGGACAACCCAACGGAAGCAAUCAACUGCUUCCAGCUGGCGAUAAUAGCCAACAAGAAGAGUUCGGAAAAUUACAAAGAGCUCGCCAAGACGCUAUUUGCCAUGGGACGGUUCAAACAGUCGCUGGAGGUGUUCCUGAAGGCGGAAACGCUGCUGGAGCGACCGGACCACGACGUGUACCACCACAUCGGCGAGCUGUUCUAUCGGAACUUUGGCCAGCCGAAGGCGGGGGUGGCCGAGGCCAAGGAGUACCUCAAGCAGGCCAUCAUGUGCGGCAAACACGUGGCCAGCUAUAAGAUUCUGGCCGAGAUCUACAUCGAGGAGGGGGACAACGUGAAGGCCAUCGAGAUGAUUGAAAAUUGCCUGCAGAUCUCCCAGGACGACGUCACGCUAAUGACUCAAAUUGGCAUUCUCUACCUCAAAAUCAACGAAUAUCAGCGAGCGUUCGAGAAGCUUUUGGAUGCCAUUGCUAUCGAUGACAAGUGUACCACCGCUUUGCUGGCACUCGGAUCAAUUCUCCAGUCCAAGAACGACAUUGACGGUGCGCUGAACAAAUAUAAAAGAAUUUCUAAUCUGCCGGAUGAGGGAUCCGAAGUUUGGAGCAACAUCGGGCUGUGUUUCUUCAAGAAGCAAAAGUACAUAGCGGCAAUAUCUUGUCUGAAGAAAGCGAUUUGGGUGGCUCCAUUAAACUUCAACGCGCUGUACAAUCUAGGGCUGAUUCUGGUGACAGCCCAGCAGUACGUCAGUGCGUUUCAGACGCUCGCUGCAGCCAUUAGCCUUCGACCAGACAACGCUGAUUGCUACAUGCUGUUGGGAACGUGCCUGCGGCAUCUCAAUGACCCGGGAAAUGCGUACCUUUCGCUGGAAAAGUCCACGAUGCUCCCGGACGCCAUCAAAAACCCAUUAAUCUAUCUGAACUUUGCGCUGUACUGCUACGAAAUUGGCAAACCGGACCAGUCCGUGUCGUACUUGUCCAAUUUUCUCGAAAUGACACAACACGUCAGCGUUCACCGGGAGUACUUGAAGAUGGCAGACCGACUCAACAUGGCGCUUCUCAGUUCGGUCACCGAGCCGGAGACCACAACGCAGUUGGCCGCAGUGACGAUGGGUGGUUCCAGUCCAGUGGGCAACGACGACACCGGAAUACGAAAUGAGUCCACCACCGCCGCCAAAGAAGGUGGAGAUGUCAUCCAUUAUGGUAACGAGGAUGAAGGUGGUGAUGGUGAUGAUGAUGAUGAGGCUGUCGGUGCAGAUGAAACGUCAUUGGGGGUUGAAGGAUCCACCAGCAGGCAGUAGGGCAUCUCGACAGCGGGACAAGUCGUUCGAGGGUCAUUUCUAAGGGGAUUUGGACGAGAGUCGUGAAGAAGCCAGCCGGAGCCAAGGCGCAGUGAUUAUGAUUAUUUAAACAUAGGUUGCGAAUGUAACAGUUGUAGGAACUUCUUUGCAGUUUGUUGAAUCUACUACCUAAACAAGAAGGCUACAGUCUAGACUCGAUCAUCCGAAGCCUCGAUUAUCCAAAACUCGAUUAUCAAUUAUUAUCUAUGAAACUAAAAAAAAAAUCGAAUCACGAACAAAAAAAUCGUAUUUUUAUUUCUUAUUUUUAACAUCAAAUUCGA